AUGGCUAACGCAGCAUCUGGAAUGGCUGUGAAUGAUGAGUGCAAGCUAAAGUUUUUGGAAUUGAAAAAGAGAAACUAUCGAUUCAUAGUUUUCAAGAUCGAAGACAAAUCACAUCAAGUUGUUGUGGAGAAAUUAGGCCUACCAAAUGAAAGUUAUAAUGAUCUUUUGAACAACUUGCCUAGCAAUGAAUGUCGCUAUGCGGUCUUCGACUUUGAUUUUGUCACCAAAGAGAAUUGCCAAAAAAGCAAAAUUGUCUUUUUUGCUUGGUCUCCAGAUUCAUCAAGGGUGAGAAGUAAGAUGAUAUACGCAAGCUCUAAGGACAGGUUUAAAAGAGAGCUAGAUGGGAUCCAAUUCGAGCUCCAAGCAACAGAUGUUGGUGAGAUGAGUUUAGACAUCAUCAAAUCAAGAACUUAUUAA